CUCCGGUACCCAAUAAGCGCAAAGCAAUCGCCACCACAGGUUCCACGCCGUUAUUCCAGCCUCGGGGACAGUUACUGUGGGUCUUUGGACACGGACCUAUGGGCAGACUACGCCUCGCCUCUGCAUCGUCCUUAGGUGAUAUCGAUUCCAGGAUUCUAAUUGCUACUAAAAUGCCCCACACGGCGAUCCUGGACCAGCGCCAACGAGCGAGGUUUUGAUUUGACUCACACCUGGAGUCGUCUCCCAAAAAUCGUGAUUGUGGAAGAUGAAGUAGCCGACCCGAACCAAGCAGAAGGCACCUAUAAGGAGUUACGCUAAUUGGUCAAGAUAUUUGCAACUUACUCUGAAGGUUUUUGUUGAAGUCGUCGACAAGGGGGUCGGAAAACUGCGUUGUCUUGUUCUUGACAAUCAUGGGAUAUUAUUGUCUAGCCUUUCAAAUCCCUUUAGGCUAACUGUUGCGAUCCUAGUCACUUGCACAGGAAAUAAGAUGAAGAGAAUGACUGGAAUGGAACGUUACACAAAUGCAGACUGCUAAAUAUAGUGUUAGAUCUGUGAAAGUAUUGCUGUUUUUUUGUGAAUCUUUAUACACCAUCGACAAAAAUCGACGAGGGAAUUACUGCAAAAACGAAUUUGUUAUCCUCUAUUUAAAUAUUUACUCUAAAUAAAUAGCCUAGGACCUCGAACCCGUGGAGCGCUUGUUUGAAUUUUCUCCUUCUUUCUUUGUAUACCGCUAUAGCCUCUUGUGCACACUUAUCCAAUUCCCAAUCUAUCCAUCCCUCUGCAAGACAAGCAAAGAGUUUAGUGUAUUUGGCUUUGAGUGGAGGCUGCUGUGAUAUUUCAACAUCAUGGUAUCCAAACCUCCAAACCACCUUUUAUAACUCAAUCCACCCGUGGCAACCAACUCUGUACAAGUUAACCCUCUGACGGAAAUAUUCUUAACAUGACCCGUUCUCUCUGGCUUUUACCAACUUUAUUUUGUCCACGUGCCUGUGAAAUGUGCACAUGUUGUUAGUCCCCGGCGUCGUUACAUGGUGCCGGACAUUGUUGAGUCUCCAUCUGAUGUUACGCAGCGCCGGUAUGCUGAAGAGCCGCUGUUGCGUUUUGUUCAGUGACCUGAAGGUUCUUCUUUUCAGGCCACCGCCGCCGUCGGCACCGCCACCCACACUCAACCCCAUGAUUGGACAAACGACGGAGCGCCGUGAGAGCGGAGCCAACUCGCAUGUUAAUAACAACACGUUAAUACGAGUCAAUCAGGCGGGCCCCUGGAAUGCCCCGCAGCUAGAGGGUGCUGCGGACUCAGAGGGGGUCCGGGAAGCCCCGGUGUGGACGGAGGCGACAGCGGAGGCACCCACGGAGGCGUUUCAUUUCAGGGACUCCCCAGACGACUUCCCCAAGCGGGAGGAACGGUUCUCUCUCAUCAGCUGCACGAGUGGCAUCAGGACUCCGGUGUGCAGGAUAUGUUUUCAAGGACCGGAGCAGGGGGAGCUGUUGAACCCGUGCCGCUGCAGUGGCUCUGUGCGCAGCACGCACCAGCCGUGCCUGAUCAAGUGGAUCAGCGAGCGAGGCUCCUGGGCCUGUGAGCUGUGCUACUACAAGUACCAGGUCAUCGCCAUCAGCACCAAGAACCCUCUGCAGUGGCAGGCCAUCUCCCUGACAGUGAUAGAGAAGGUGCAGAUCGCGGCGGCCAUCUUGGGUUCGCUCUUCCUCAUCGCCAGCAUCUCCUGGCUGGUGUGGUCAUCGCUCAGCCCCUCAGCCAAGUGGCAGCGGCAGGACCUGCUCUUCCAGAUCUGCUACGGCAUGUACGGCUUCAUGGACGUGGUCUGCAUUGCUCUGAUUGUGCACGAGGGUCCUUCCGUGUUCCGAAUAUUCCACCGCUGGCAGGCGGUCAACCAGCAGUGGAAGGUUCUGAACUAUGACAAAUCCAAGGACAGCCAGGACGGCAAGGCCACCACCGCCACCGAGAAGGCCACCACCGAGUGGACUCUGUCGUUGCUGCACCAGCGGGUUGAAGCCGGAGCGGACGCUUCGCCGUCCACCUCCUCCCUCGUGGCCGCCAUCAACGCAGUGACCCCCACUGCGGAAACAGUCGCCAUGGCGCUGAUGGCGGGGGUGGAGGCUGGGCGAACAGGGGCAGGGGUAGGGCCGGACUUGCAGGACUCCGUCUCCCAGGGCAACGGGACAACGUCACACGUGCCCAACCAGCACUACGCGUAUCACUUCCUCCAGCUGUUGAGCCACCUGAGGCCCGCCCAGGAGGCCCGCGCCCCACAGCCCAGCCCCAGCACCAGUAGCCGGGAGCUGGUCAUGAGGGUCACUACAGUCUGAGGAUCCCCCCGGGGCCUGUCUGGACGAAUGGACGCAAAAGACAGAACAACUGGGCUUAAUAGUACUCUUUCAAAAAAAACAUUUUGAGGAAAAAAACUAAAAACUUCUGUGACUUCUUGUUUUGUGUGUGUGUGUGUGUGCGUUUGCAUUGUUGUCAGCACGUGUGUGUGUGUAUGUGUGCGUGUGUGUGUCAAUGGAAGGCACUGUGCAUCUAUCUUUCAGAUUAAACGCAAAAAUCCAUGUGUUCGAUUGGUUUGACUAGCGAGGCAUUGCCAUCGAUUAGAUGACAAACAGGAGGCCUCUGGAGAGCUUCUCAAGCCUAAUGAAUAUAUUCAACAGUUUGUGCCAUCUCCUAUUAUGCAUUCAUCAGCGCCGUUUGUCACGCCGAUAGCUUCAGAGGUGCUCUUUAUCUGCUGAUACUGAGGACUUUACCCAUGUACCCAGUGUCCAACACCAACGCAGGACGCUGCGGUACCGUCUGAAUGAGGUUCUUAAUAGCGGUUCCCCUCUCAGCAACAAAUUCUACAUAAAUGUGUUAGUAUGACCCUCCAUGUUGCAUUUCCUCAUAGCUCCAUUCAGAGAGGGGUUGUUUUUUAGUGAUUGGGAAACUUUUGAGAAAAAAGAAGCUUUUUCCGUCAUGAUAGUGUUGAUGUGGCAUUUAAAAAAAAAAUACAGAAUGACUGAUGACUUUAUCUGUGUGGCCAGUGUUUGGUGUGGUUGGAGCAAAUGGGGAUUGUUUGUGUUGAAGUAAAGCAGACAAACAGGGCAGACAGACGCAGAGGGGUUCGGACGGGUCAGCCAGGGAAGGGACGAGGAGUCCGUGGACGCCGACUACAAGAAAACAACAGGCUGUCCGAGAGCUCCACGGAAAUGAAGGAUGACUCGUCCUCGACCCACUCGACCUACUCAUCUCAUAUGCCACACACACUCAUACACACACAGUGACACACACUUAUAAACAUAAACACAUAUAUCCUCACGCAUACACAUACUGUAUAUGACACACACACACACACACACACACACAAACAAAGAACAAUAAAUACAAGUAUAUAAACCUUCCCAUUUAUAAAUACACACGCACAAACAAACGUACACACACAAACCAUCCAGCCAGCUGGCCCAUCAAACACACAGAAACAGAAACACACUCACAAUGUAAGCCCCUUAUUUUAUUCUUUCAUGCCAGCUCGAGAUGGCAUCCCGAUGGCAGGAUUUUUAUUCCGAGAGGCAUCAAUUACUAGAAUCAACAGAAGACAGCAGUGAGCCAUUCAGUUCCAUUCCUCUCAGUGUCUCGCUCAGCUCAGUGGAGCGGAGCGUAGCAUAGGCCACACGGACAUGUUUGUGUUUGCUGGAUAUAUAUAUAUAUAUCAACCUUUUUCAUCUUAACAUGUUCUGACACUGCAGAUCUCUGAGUCUCGGUGUUGGUUUGUUGAAGUUUCAUCAUCUCCGCUCUUCUCAGUGACCGGCUAGUUAGCCUCUGUGACGGGGUAUGGUCACUGCGUUUGAGUAGCCUACAGUAUGUGCGCUGAUGGCCAUACCAACAAGUCCGGCUCUUUUCCACUGCAGUCAAGCUGUACGUUUUGUACUUACGAGGCCUGGUGACCUGACCGCUCUCUCUCUCUCUCUGUCUCUCUCUAUACAUCAUUCAGCUUGUAAUCAAAAAAGUUCAUCAUUCUCACACAGCUGAUGGACUGAUCUGAAGACAUUGGGGUGAUGGAGCUUAGUGAUAUGUUCAGUAGGCUUUACUGUAUUAUUCAUUAACUCUCUUUACUUUUCUGCAUUUCUGAUGCUGACAAAUACUGUCGAUUAAGCAAAGCUCCUAGUUCAUAUUCCAAAUGACUGUUCUCUAAUGUCUCGAUGGUGUGGCAGGCGGACGUAAGGCAGUUCCGGCAUAUGAGUGGUCAGUCUAUUGGUUUGGGUAUUGGCUCUGGUUCUGUUUGUUCCUGUAAACAUGUCUCACUCACACUGAGCAUCCAUGCCACUUUGUCCAUGUCAAUUCAAACAGGAUCUCAUGAGGUGAUUAUUUUGAAUAGUAAAGUUGACUACUGUGACUAAUACAACAUUUAUUUAUUUUAAAUAAAUGUCUUUUUUAUUUUAUUUCA